UCGAUGGCGACAAACAGAUAGACAGCGCUCACGCAGAUUGCUCGCACACAACAGGCGCGGUAGUCAGGAGCACGAUUUGGCGGGCUACGAGUUUCGAUUUGGCGGGCUUACAACUUUUCGCCAAGCCCGCGCAGUCGUUGCUCUCACUCGUUCGAGGCAGAAGUGGUAGUAAAAGGCGGGAGAGUGUCGUCGAAAACACUUGUGAAAAAGAGGUUAUGCUUGUAGAGGGCGUGCAUGCGCGGGAGCGUGUACGUGCCCGGAAGUUGACGAGAAGAAGAACCGUCAGCGCGAUAUUUUUUUGUACUUAGUAUACGCUUCUCUCUCUCUCGAACGAACGAACGAACGAACGAAAGAACGAAAGAACGACGCUGAGAGCAAUUCCGUUACGAUUGGUGCCGUGUUGCAUUACGUUACGUGACGUUAUACUUGAUUGAUCGGGUUCGGGUUCGGGUUGUGUUGGAGGCUACAUUACUCUGAGUGAAGCUCUCUCCUUUUCUCAACGGGCUGCGGCGAUGGAGGCUGCUGCUGCUUUGGGUAUGGCAGUCAGCGUGCCCUCGGCGUCUUCCAUGGCCGUAGCUCGAGCAACAGUGGGAGCAGGAGAGGUAUCGCUGCGAAGAGUAGGCGCUGGGGGCGGCGGAGCCAAGCUGGUCGUCAAGCCGCUCACUGGAAGCUCAAGCUCAUCCCGGCGAUGGAGGGCACAGGGCGUGCGUGCGCAAUCUUCCAGCUCGGAAAAGCCAUUGUACAUCGGCUACAACCCGAAGAAAACGGUGUUCCCAGCGGAGGCUUGUGAUGAGCUUGGCGGCGAAUUUUGUAACGUAGAGGGGGUUGGUGAGGAGGUUAACCCUCAGACGUCGGCGUCGGCGGCGCCAGCGGCGGCUGAGCAGCAGCCACAGGCUGGACCGGCAGGGAUCUUUGCCAGCAUUUUUGGGAAGGGUGCGGCUGAAAACCCUGAUAGGGAGUACAUGGAGUAUGACUCCCCCAAAACAGUAUUUCCUGGUGAGGCGUGCGACGAUCUCGGAGGCGAGUUUUGCUCUCCCGACUUCCAGGAGGGAGUUUUCCCAGACACCAAACCCAAGGAUGCGUAAAAUUCAUUGAUUUGAAUUAUGAUGACUUUGUUCGUACCAUUACAACCUUAUACUUCCGUUAUCGCUUAACUCACCUCCGGCUCAAAAAUCAAGCUAAACUGAGUUUUACAGUUUUACUCCAGUUUGAUUCCAAUUUGACUCUAGUUUGACUGGGGUCUGGGAUGCAGUUUGACUAGAGUUUGAUUUGAGUUUGACUUGAGUUUGAUUUGAGUUUGAUUUGAGUUUGAUGUCAGUUUGACUUGAAUUGAGUCGAUUCAACUCGAUUGUAGAUUUCAUUUACCCUUUAGUGUAGCACGCCAUAGCACAACCUAACUUAAGGUUUGCGCCUUUGCUCUUCUUCUUCUUCUUCUUCUUCUUCUUCUUCUUCUUCUUCUUCUUCUUCUUACAGUUCAACUUGCAGCUUGCAUUGCCAAGUUCUGCUUUGCUUUUUCGUUAUAGAGUACUGAGUAGUACUAGGCUACUAGCUGCUGUGAAGUUGUCGCCGACAGCAUUCUGGGUUUGAAAUUUGAAUCUUUUCAUGUAUUUUACUAUUUUGUAAAUACAUGUAGAUGAUAGCUGCUAGACAAGUUUUUUUUUUUUUUUUUUUGGUUUUUUGUUUCUGUACUUAGGUUACCGUAGUAGAACUUGAAAUUGCUUUCUGCGCAGCAAAAGUAGCAGCAUUCAUUCUGAUAGAGAAUCGCAAUCAUUAUGACACAGAAGGACUCGGAUGAUGAAGCACUAUAAUUUGCCCUUGUUUGUGUAAUUAAUAAGUUCAAUCCACUCUAUGGAUUUCUCAACUCCACAACAAAAUGUGCCGUGGAGA